CACAGAGAUCAUUCAGCGGAAAGAAGACUGAACUCAACUCACAAUGAAGAUCCUCCUCAUCUUCCUCACUUUCUACCUGAUCUCAGCUGCAGUGAGAUGCUUUAGCGUCACGGGAUAUUCUGGAGGAAGUGUUCUGGUGGAUUCUGGGCAACUUUGGUUCAGUGACUCUGAUAAAUAUAUGAUUAAACAUGAUCCAUGGAGAACCAUAAUACAUUACAAGAAACACAGUAAAUGGACGAGUGAAGGAAGAUUCAUUCUUUUUUGCAGCAAAUAUGGAAAGCUUGUGAUAUUCAUUAGAGAACUGAACACACAGGAUGCUGGGAAAUAUAGAAUUAGGGUUCUUGACAAGUGGUAUAUAGAUAUAACUUUGAAUGUGAAAAAAGAUUCAUGCUGUGUGGUGUCGAAGAAAGUAGUGGUAAAGAGUGGAGAAACUGCCACCUUCAGCUGUGAAUAUUCACAGAAUCAUAUUAAUGAUGCAAAAGUCAUAUUCAAAGAACGACAAAACUCCAUUGACCCAUGGAAUGAAGAAGAAAGACUCAGUAUUUCUGAUGACAAACAUAAAAACAUCUUCAGUGUGAGGAUCACUGCUGUGACACCAGAUGAUGGAGGAGUUUAUUUAUGUGGAGUUUGGAUCAACAGAGACUCGUACAGUUACUACAUUAUUAAUACUGUUCAUCUGCAUAUUUUGAAUUCAUGUUGUGGAGCAUCAAAGAUAUUAAGAGUAAAAAGUGGAGAAACUGCUGAUUUCAGAUGUGAAUAUUUAUGGUAUCAAAGGAAUAGAAAAAUCAUAUUAAAAACAAGAAAUUACAUAAUUGAGGAGGUGAUCUCCACUUCUAACACAUGGGAUCAAAAAGAAAGAUUGACUGUUUCUGAUGAAGAACAUAAAAACAUCUUCAGUGUGAAAAUCACUGCUGUGACACCAGAUGAUGGAGGAGUUUAUUUAUGUGGAGUUUGGGACUACAGUUACCCGUACAGUUACUCCAUCAUAAACACUGUUCAUCUGGAUAUUACUUCUAAAGUGGGCGUGUCUAGAGUGAACGGCUUCUCAGGAGGACGUUUGAUGAUCAAGUGUGAACAUCCUCAAUACAAAACCAACCCAAAAUACAUCUGUAAAGAAUCAGACGGAUGUUCAGAGAGGAAGAAUCCAGGAGUUCAGGGUGAAUGGAUGGAGAAUGGAGAUGUUUCUUUAUAUGACGACACCAGAGCAGGAGUCUUGAUGGUGUUUUUUAGAGAGCUGAAAGCUGCAGAUGAAGGAACAUACAGGUGUGGAGUGAAAGUAUCUGACUAUACUGAGAGCUUCACUGAGAUACAGCUGAGCGUCAGAAACGAUGCAAAAUAUCCAAAGAAUGUGACUGACUCUGUGUAUCUUGGUGGAGAAGUCAACAUCACCUGUCAGAUCCCAGAGCAACAUAAAGUUCAUUUCUGCAAAGAGGAUGAUAAUCACAUCUGUCAAAGCAUCAGUUCAUCUAAAGUGACAGAAAUGAGUGGUUCAUCAGAGAGAAAUGAAGAGAGAGUUGUUACAGUGAGCAUCAGUAAUGUGAGUGUGAGAGAUGCUGGAGUUUACUGGUGUGGAGCAGAAACCAGAGACACAGAUCUGACUUUCAUCUCCCUGAACACUCAAAUUCAGCUCAACCUCAUCACUAAAGUGGGCGUGUCUAGAGUAAGCGGCUCCUCAGGAGGACGUUUGAUGAUCAAGUGUGAACAUCCUCAAUACAAAACCAACCCAAAAUACAUCUGUAAAGAAUCAGACGGAUGUUCAGAGAGGAAGAAUCCAGGAGUUCAGGGUGAAUGGAUGGAGAAUGGAGAUGUUUCUUUAUAUGACGACACCAGAGCAGGAGUCUUGAUGGUGUUUUUUAGAGAGCUGAAAGCUGCAGAUGAAGGAACAUACAGGUGUGGAGUGAAAGUAUCUGACUAUACUGAGAGCUUCACUGAGAUACAGCUGAGCGUCAGACACGAUGAAACAUAUCCAAAGAGUGUGACUGAAUCUGUUCAUAUUGGUAAAGAAGUUAACUUCACCUGUCAGAUCCUGGAGGAGCACGAAGUUCAUUUCUGCAAAGAGGAUGAUAAUCACACUUAUAAUCACAUCUGCCAAAGCAUCGUCUCAUCUAAAGUGACAGAAAUGAGUGGUUCAUCAGAGAGAAAUGAAGAGAGAGUUGUUACAGUGAGCAUCAGUAAUGUGAGUGUGAGAGAUGCUGGAGUUUACUGGUGUGGAGCAGAAACCAGAGACACAGAUCUGACUUUCAUCUCCCUGAACACUCAAAUUCAGCUCAACCUCAUCAUGGCUCCAGUAGUGAGACAUGAAGGAGAAUCAGCUGAGAUCAUCUGUCCUUAUGAUUCAAUCUAUAAAUCAAAGCCAAAGUCUCUCUGUAAGGGGAAGUGCUCCACUAGAGACAGAAAUCCUCUCAGUGAGACUGUGAGAGAAGAGAAAGAGACCAAGACUGGCAGAUUGCCUCUGAAUGAUGACGUCACUGCAGGUGUCUUCACUGGGACCAUCACUGGACUGACAGCAGAGGAUGCUGGGAAAUACUGGUGUGCAGUGACAUUAGAAACAGAGCUCAAUUAUCUUUACACUCAUCUGAUCGUCAUCAUGAACGAGGAGCUGAACUUGACUAAGUAUGAAGGAGACGACGUGUCAAUCCAGUGCAAACAUCAUGAUGAAGAUCAGAAACGCUUCUGUAAAGCACAUGAAGCCUCCAUGUGUGUGAAGGAUGGAGUUUCAUUGGAGACGAUCAGAGAUGAUCGAUUCUCUUUCAGUGAUGAAGCAUCUACUGGAGUCUUUACUGUGAACAUCACUGAUCUGAGAGAAGAGGAUUCUGGGACAUACUGGUGUGGUGCUCACAUCAUCAUUAAAGUCAAUCUUGAAGUCAACAAAAGUGUUACUGGCAGAAUCACCAUCUCUUGUGUUUCUGUGACUCUGCUGCUGAUGGGAGCGUCUGUCCUGUUAUUAUACAAAUUAGGAUAUAUCAAGACACGAGAUCAGCACACUUCCCCAGACAGGACGGGGAUGAGCGGUGGAGAGGCCUCUCAUGCAGCAUGUGACUAUGAGAAUAUCAAAGAUGCCAGAAGGCGCUCAAUCCCAGAUACUAAGGAAACAGCAUUAUACUCCACUGUCACACAUCCCACAGACGUGUCUGAUCCAAACGACAUGCUGUAUUCUACCGUACAGUUACCCACAAACCCCUCUGAUGGGCUCCUGUACGCUUCGGUCCAUUUCCAGAAGCAUGAAGAGUCUCUCAGCAAUGCUAAAGUUACCUUCAAUAAUGAGGACGUUUACUGUAAUUACACCACUGUCAGUCUCAACUAUCUUGAGCUUGAGCUCUUCAUUAACAGACACCAGCAGCAGCACACAGAUGAAACAAUGAUCCAGAUCUGUGAUGAUCAACUCAUAUUUCUCCUGCUGCUCCUCGUGUCAGUCGUGGCAUGUGAGACGAGUGAGAUCUUGACUUUCACUGCACAUGAAAGAGGAACAGUUGAGAUAAAGUGUCCAUAUGAGUCUAGAUAUAAAGAAUAUGAGAAGUAUCUCUGCAGAGGAGAAUGUCCAAUACUGAAUAAAGACAAAGUUGUUGAAUCUGGAUCAUCAGCUCGAGACGAGAGAUUCUCUCUGACUGAUGACACAACAGCUCACAUCUUCACCGUCACCAUCACUGACCUGAGAACAGAGGAUCGAGGACAGUACUGGUGUGGAGUAGAGACAGAGCGGUGGAACCUGGAUGACUUUACAGAGAUUCAUCUGGACAUUAAACAUGUGUCCCGAGUGUCUGGUUUUACUGGACAGCAUCUGAAUAUUUCCUGCCAUUAUAAAAGUGAACUGAAGAACAUUGUCAAAUUCAUCUGCAAAGGAAGCGACCCGUCCGUCUGUGAGAAAUCAGCUUUAAGAGCUUCAUCAGAGAUCAAGAGUUAUGGCCGUUUCUCUCUGAGUGAUAAUGAAUCUGCAGGAGUCUUUACUGUGACCAUCACUGAUCUGACAGAAGAGGAUUCUGGGAUAUACUGGUGUGGAGCUGCACAGAGAGAACAAGAGCACAAGAACAAGUGGAUCUCAGUGAUAAACCUGACCAUUUCUGCUGACACAUCAGAGAGUUUGUCACCUAAACCAACAACAUCUAGAGCUUCAUGUCACACCAGUAAACCAGCGACAGAAGAUACCGCCUCAAGCAGACUCAUCACAGCUUCAUCAUCAUCUUCAUCAUCAUCCACAUCACCUUCAGUGUUAAUGUUUUUCUCAUCGUCUGCUAAUGAAGUGUCACCAAAAACACAUACAGGUUUAACACCAUUCAUCUUGCCAUCAGUUAUGGGGAUAUUGAUGGUGUUUGGAUUCUUAGUGUUCAUUUACUUAUCAUGCAGACAAAAUAAAGAAGGAGUGCGUCUGAGAGGCGUCAUUCAUGUCUUGGCUGAUAACCUGUCCGAUAAAGAAGCCACUCAUACUGUCUGUCAUUAUGAAGUGAUCAUUUGCACAGACAGCUCUGGUUUGGGUCUUCCUGUAUUUGAUGAACACGACACCUGUUCCACCGUCAUAUUUCAGACAACAGACCAUCCAGACAGGACUUCAGACGGACAGGAGACAUGCAGUUAGAAAGACUGAAGCAUUCAUGCACACCAGGCCGAUUAACAGUUAAACUCUUACAUUUCGGAGUCUGAUGGACUUGUAAUAUUUUUAUAUCCAUGAUUUGUAGAUAAAAUAGCAAACAAAGUACAUUGUGAAGAAUUCAGAUAGUGGAGAAAGCUUCCUAAUGAUAUUGAAAACAUAUUUGUCAAGUUGUUUAUAAAUCUGGUUGUCCACUUAAAAUAAAGAUAAUACUAUUAUUUUGUCUCUUAAAUAUGACAUAUAUAUGGAAUAAUAUUUCUUUGGCUAUGAUGAGUAUCUGAGAAUGACAUCCGCAUUUACUUACAGGUUUGAGUUUUAAAACAUCCUGUUGGAAGUAAAAUAUAUUAAAUGAGUAAAUCAUCGAAUACCUUUAAAUGUGAGAUUUCUGUAUAAUAUGUGUUGUGUCAUUACAUUGAGGGGCUUGUUUUUGUUUGUUUUGUUUGAAGAGCUCAGCUAAACAGACCAAUCAGAGAUGAUUAACUACUAAUCUUAGCUUUAUUAUACAAAUGUGCUAUUAAAAUGCCUAAACUGUACAUGAAUAAAACU